GAUCGCGAGUACACGUAAGAUCCUGUGAGAUCUUCCUUUUAGUUGCCCGAAGUUUAAACUGGAAGCCCCGCAUGCACAUUUAUAACAUGGAUUUCAUUAAGCAGGACCACUGCACAAAUGGGAUUAAAGAAGAGAAUCAGGACCACGACUACAAGAGCGCAGUAAAAGAGGAGAACCAGGACCAGGAUUUCAUCAAGCAGGGCCACUACAAGGGCGAAAUGAAGGACGAGAAUCACGAUCCAGAUUUCAUUCACCAGGUGCACUACGUAAGUGAAAUAAAGGAGGAGAACCAGGAGUGCGAUUUCGUCGAUUACGACCAGUACAACAGCGCAAUGAAGGAGGAGAACCAGGACCAGGAUUUCGUCCAACAGGACCACUACAAGAACGAGAUCAAGGACGAGAAUCACGACCCAGAUUUCAUUCACCAGUACCAUUACAAAAGUGAAAUAAAGAAGGAGAACCAGGACCAGGAUCUCAUGGACCAGGCCGAGGACAAGAGCGGAAUGGAUGAGGUGAACCAGGACCCGGACCACCGCAGCAACGAGCCCGCGCAAAGGAACAAAGCGGACUCGUCCUCCGGUCCUAGCGACCAACAGGUCAUACCAAAGAUGGGUGGGUGAAUGUCUUGUCUAGGGUGUGCAGUCCAAUCCUGCAGCCC